UUAUCGUCCAAAUUUCUCGCAGCAGAGCGCAGACUGAAAGAGCAGAGAGAGAGAGGACGAACAAAACCAAUGGCCGCUCUCCGCCACCUCGCCGCCGGCGCCACCAGCUCCUCCUUCGAUCUCCGGCGGCCGCCUUCCUUCUGCCUCGCCGGGACGCGGCCCCUCCGCCUUCGCUCCCGCCUCGCCCGUGUCUACGCGCUGUCCAGCAACGACAUCAAGGUGGGGCUCAACCUCGAGGUGGACGGCGCGCCGUGGAAGAUCCUUGAGUUUCUCCAUGUCAAGCCUGGAAAAGGUGCCGCUUUCGUGAGGACAAAAAUGCGCAAUUAUGUCUCCGGCAACACGGUUGAGAAAACAUUUCGAGCUGGAAGUACGAUCCAGGAGGCGUCUAUUUCAAAGGAAACCAAACAAUUUACAUACAAGGAUGGCCCCCAGUUUGUAUUCAUGGAUCUGACGACCUUUGAAGAAAGUCGCUUAAAUGAAUCAGAUGUUGGCGACAAGCAAAAGUGGUUGAAAGAGGGAAUGGACUGCAAUUUGUUAUACUGGAAUGGGCGGAUCAUCGAUUUUGACCUUCCCAUCACUGUUCGGCUGACUGUAACUGAGACUGAUCCAGGGCAAGGUGACAGUGCACAAGGAGGAACAAAGCCUGCAACCCUGGAAACAGGAGCUGUUGUCAAUGUGCCAUCUUUCGUGGAUGUAGGCGAUGAUGUUCUAAUUGAUUCGAGAACCGGCCAGUACAUGAGUAGAGCAUAGAGCGCGAUGCUAGACGAAACAGCAACAGAGAACUAGUUUCCUUGUUCGCUCAUUUUUGGUUUAGUCAUUGCAUUUAUGUAAGUUCACAACAUUGUUCAUUCAUUCAUCGCAUUGGUACCCUUGACACCAGGCAUAAAGUUCUACUGAAAUUCUCUUCAA